AUUAGUCCGAGGUGUAACUAAAGCAGCAGAUCACAGAUCUAUUUCGCGGUUUUGCCCCUCCUUUGAGGGCGGUACAUCCUCUCACUAAAACUCCAUUGACAAGCUUGUACGUGUCUUGGUACUUCCUUGUUCUGGAAGCUGUGCACUAUAUUCCUUGAAUCUGUAUUUAAUCGUUCACAACAAAAUUCAUAAUGACUUUUCUAAGGAGGGUUGUGGUCUCGCAGUGCUUGCGAGUGCGGAGACAUUUUUGUGUUCCGACCACAGAGUUUUCAGCGGCCGGUAUGGUUCUGAGACCGAAGGCCGAAAGACAACGGACCCCAUUAUGUACUCACAGUCGCAGGCUGCACUCCGAGCUGUCUGCUGAAGCAACAGAAGUGGAGCUAAAUAAACUGGAGGGAGGAGACACAGGAAUAGCGGAAGUGGUGAUGUGUCGCCAGCGUGCACGCAACUCCCUUGGCAAGGUGUUUGUGCAUCAGAUGCAGGAACUGGUCUCCACUCUUCACCAUGACUCCACAGUGCGGGUGGUGGUGUUCCGCAGCAAAGUGCCAGGGGUUUUCUGUGCAGGUGCUGAUUUGAAGGAACGUGCCCAGAUGACCAAUGCUGAAGGCGAACUCUUUGUACACGGACUACGUUCACUCAUGACUGCGAUUGCUGUGUUGCCCAUGCCCACCAUCGCUGCAGUGGAUGGCUUUGCUCUGGGAGGGGGUCUGGAGCUGGCACUGGCCUGUGACCUUCGCACUGCCGCUUUCAGUGCGCAGAUGGGUCUGAUUGAGACGACACGGGGACUGCUGCCAGGGGCAGGGGGCAGUCAGCGGCUCCCACGGGCAGUGGGCUUUGCAGCAGCCAAAGAGAUGAUCUUCACUGGGCAGAGGCUGGGCGGUGAGCGGGCCUUGCAGCUGGGCCUGGUCAACAGAGCGGUGGAGCAGAACUCUGAGGGUGACGCUGCUUACAGAGAAGCCUUGGGCCUAGCGAGAGAGAUUCUACCCCAGGCGCCGAUUGCAGUGCGGAUGGCUAAGGAGGCGAUGAACAGAGGCAUUGAGGUGGACAUUGCUUCUGGAAUGGCCAUCGAGGGGAUGUGUUAUGCCAGGGUGAUCCCAACGCGAGACAGGCAGGAGGGGAUGGCAGCUUUUAUUGAGAAGAGACCGCCACAAUACAUAGGGGAGUGACUGGGAUGUCAAGCACUGGACACACCUAUUAAUAUUGGAAAUGAAUGUUACAGUUCUUUGAGACGGAACUUUAAAUGGCCAGAGAACGUGUGUGUAAUGGAUGUGGCAUGGCUCUUGAAAAGGCUUUGAAUGGUCAGAGAAUGUGUGUGUGUGUGUGUGUGUGUGUGUAAUGGAUGUGGCAUGGCUCAUAAAAAGCAGAUUUAUCUAAUUUGCUUUGCUUUAUGCCUUUCAGUAGUAUUGGACUCAUUGCGCAGUGGUGAUCCGUAAGCACUUACAAUCAGAAUUUCUAAAUAGGUAAAUUACAUUAUUAUUGGCAUUUGGCAGACGCUCUUAUCCAGAGCGACGCACAGUUGAUUAGACUAAGCAGGAGACAAUCCUCCCCUGGAGCAAUGCAGGAUUAAGGGCCUUGCUCAAGGGCCCAACGGCUGUGCGGAUCUUAUUGUGGCUAUGACGGGAUUAGAACCAUCGACCUUGCGGGUCCCAGUCAUUUACCUUAAACAACAUGCUACAGGCCAUAAUUGUAGGUACAUAGAACCAAAUCCUCAAUGGCUUGAAUAUACUGUGUCGCAAAUUACAUUACAAGGUAUGCAAUGUGAAUGUGUGUAAUGAGGUACUAGCAAAAGGCGUGAUCAAAUGGUGAUCUACAAUCAAAGGUAGAUGCGCACAUUGCAAACGCAAUAAAGAUUCUAAAAGAUGAA